AUGAACAUGUUUGAACUGGCACAACACGCUCAAGAGCGUUUAAACCAGAAGAAGAAGCAUAUAGGCAAAAUUCUUUGCCGAGCAAGUGAUGGUGGAGUUAAUGCCUUGGAACUCAUGGAUGUUGCUCGCAAAGCAGGGUAUGAAUAUGACUCAGCAACCGGCAAAUGGUACAUGGUGGUUCCUCCUCUGAAGUCUUCUGAUGAUUAUGUCCAUGUCCAUGUCCAGAAGAAGAUGACUGGUGAUCCUGAUGGAGAAGGUAAACAAGUAGCAGCUGAUGAUCAUUUCCUUAACCGGUCUUCAGACUAUGCCCGUGACGACAGUGGGUUUGUCACUUGGUACGGAGUGACAAUUGAGAGGGAUGAUCAGGAAUUUCUUCUUGAAGCAGAGCAUGCAGAGACCAUUCGUCGUAACGUCUUCAGAAUUCUAACUCGGUUCUUGCCGAUGUUUGCAAGGAGAGAGAAGUCUCGUCUUGAUCAAAACUUUGCAGAGGAAGAAGAACAAGGCCAUGACUUCAAAUAA